AUGAACAAAUGGGCACAAGAGCAUACCCUCAACACGAUACAGAUUGCUGCCGAGACGAAGAGAGAUAGCACUAGCAUGACAUCGAUUGCGCUGCUCACCAUGGUUUUCUUACCUGGAACUUCCGCCGCUAAAGAGUGUGUUGAGUGCUGGACUCUUCCAGUCAACACCCAGUACGACUUUUUUCGAGGUGAUAGGACUGUGGUGGUUAUGGGUGGUUACUACUGUACCGAUCACGUUCAUCACUGGAGCUUGUUGGUACUUGUGGAAGCAACACAGGAAUAA